GGCGUCCGGUGUUUUGGUUUAGAUUUUUUUUUUCCGCGAAAGAAGUUUGCUUUGGCCACGCCUCAAGGCUGCCACCUCCUCCUGCCCCCUCCUCCGCCCCUGGGUGCACACCUCUGGGUGCAGAUUGCAAAGCUCCUUUCUUUGCGAGAAGUGCAAAAUUGGCUAGAGCCAGAGUCUCGCCCACCUGGUACAGAAGGAGCGCGCGCCUGUGUCCCUUGGGGACCCACAGUUGCAAAGAGACAGCUGCUUGAUUUGGUCACCCACUCGCCCAGACUAUAGGAGCCUCCCGGGACAGUCUUUGAGUUGCACCUUUCUGCAGAACUGACUGGUUGAACCCCCGCAGCGCUCUUAGGAUUUGAAGCGUCCUGAUCUUGGAGGCUUGCACGCCGCGCUCGCCCGACUCUGGGACACAUUCGCCCGAACCACUGGAGAGUGCGGGUGACUGACAUAUCAUCUCAUCUCUUCGACUCUCCGUGAGCUCAUGAACCUGGGAGCAGGUCCACGGCAAUGGCGCGGCCUCUGAGCGACAGGACCCCGGGCCCCCUGCUGCUGGGUGGCCCGGCUGGGGCCCCCCCUGGCGGGGGAGCGCUGCUUGGACUGAGGAGCCUUCUGCAGGGAAACAGCAAGCCCAAAGAACCGGCCAGCUGUCUCCUGAAGGAAAAGGAGCGCAAGGCAACUCUGCCCUCAGCCCCCGUCCCGGGACCCGGCCUGGAAACGGCGGGCCCAGCCGAUGCCCCGAGUGGGGCCGUUAGUGGCGGUGGGUCCCCUCGGGGGCGCUCAGGGCCUGUGGCUGGCCCGAGUCUUUUUGCGCCGCUGCUGUGGGAACGCACAUUGCCUUUCGGGGACGUGGAAUACGUGGACCUGGACGCCUUCUUGCUGGAGCACGGGCUACCGCCGAGCCCGCCACCCCCCGGGGGCCUGUCGCCCGCACCCUCUCCAGCGCGCACUCCCGCGCCCUCCCCCGGGCCCGGCUCUUGCAGCUCCUCUUCCCCCCGCUCCUCGCCCGGGCACGCCCCCGCGCGGGCCACUCUGGGAGCCGCCGGCGGCCACCGCGCAGGCUUGACAUCUAGGGACACACCCAGUCCUGUGGACCCAGACACCGUGGAGGUGCUAAUGACCUUUGAACCUGAUCCCGCUGAUCUCGCCCUGUCAAGCAUUCCAGGCCAUGAGACUUUUGACCCUCGGAGACACCGCUUCUCAGAGGAGGAAUUGAAGCCUCAACCAAUCAUGAAGAAGGCAAGGAAAGUCCAGGUGCCUGAGGAACAGAAGGAUGAGAAGUACUGGAGCCGGAGAUACAAGAACAAUGAAGCAGCCAAGAGGUCGAGAGAUGCAAGAAGACUCAAGGAGAACCAGAUAUCUGUGCGGGCUGCCUUCCUGGAGAAGGAAAACGCCUUGUUGCGGCAGGAGGUGGUGGCUGUGCGGCAGGAGCUGUCCCACUACCGCGCUGUGCUUUCACGCUACCAGGCCCAGCACGGGACACUGUGAGGCCACCUCCACCCUGCCAGGGCAGAGUCCUGUUCCUUGCUCAGACUUACACCUGACUCCCUCCUUCCUCCUUGUCCCAUGGCCAGUGGUCUGGCCAGCUAGGUGCCCCAAGAACGUCAUGAUGCAGACAAAUACAUUUAUAUUUUUAAGAAAAAGCUAGCCUUCCCCCACCUCCCUUGUGGGGGUGGGGAGGGUCCUGUGUGUGCUCUUAGCAUGUUGGGGAACCCAUCCAUCCAGCCGCCUCCAUCAACACAAUCCUGAAUAAAUCUUGAGAACCCGGGA